AUCUUAAAGCAUAUAAUGAAUCAACUGAAUGUUGGAUUUGCAAAAAACCUUUUCUCAAGCCAUCUUCAGAAGCAUUGCAAAAAUUCGAAGAAGCUAAACACAGAUUAUUAGAAAUUAUUGAAUGGGAAGCAAGCAUGGGAGAAGACCACCCAGAAAAGAAAAAGAUACAAAAAGAAUACCGAGAAGCUUUAAGUGCAAUGACCCAAUAUAUGCCUACAGAGAUUUUGGGCAAGAUAAGUCCAGAAGAAGUUCCCGAUAUUCAAAGCAUUACACCAGAUGCAGAAAUAGGUUAUACAUUAGAAGUUGAUUUAGAGGUCCCAGUGCAUUUACAUGAUUUCUUCGCAGAUUAUCCUCUAGCACCAGAAAAGCAGAUAGUACCAGAAAACUGGCUUAGCCUAUAUAACAAAAGAUUAGUGAAUGAUAAAGAAGUUGGAAAUGGAAAAUAU